CGUGAAAUCAUUAGAAGUGACAGUGAGUCAAAGCAGUGUGCAGGUGGCCAGAGGUCAGACUGCCAUAUUGCCGUGUACCUUCACCACAAGCGCAGCGCUCAACAACCUGAACAUCAUCUGGAUGGUGACGCCUCUCUCCAACGCCAAUCAGCCAGAACAGGUGAUCCUGUACCAGGGUGGACAAGUGUUUAACGCAGCUGUCCAGUUUAAUGGGCGAGUCGGAUUUGUUUUGAUGAUGCCCAGCACAAGUGCCUCAAUCUUCAUCAACAACACUCAGCUUUCGGACACCGGGACGUACCAGUGCCUGGUUAACAACAUGCCGGACAGAGGGAGCAGGAAUAUUGGGGUUAUCGGACUCACUGUGCUUGUACCACCUUCCAUCCCCUCCUGCAGGAUUCAGGGGACUCUGGAUAUCGGCAGUGACAUUAUGCUGACGUGUAACUCUGACGAAGGCAUCCCCACACCCACCUACGCCUGGGAGAAGUUGGACUCUGUACCCAAACUGCCAGCGACGGCGAUGCAAGAUCGGAUGCAGGGGACGGUGAUGCUGCGGAAUAUCAGCACUGCCUCCUCCGGCCUGUACCAGUGCACGGCUUCCAAUGCCAUUGGGAAGAGCACCUGCCUUCUGAACAUGCAGGUCAUUUCGCCCCAGCCUCAGAGCGUGGGGAUAAUCGCUGGCACGAUCGCCACAGGGGUCCUCGCGGUCAUCAUCUGUCUCCUCCUGGUUGUUGUUGUAUUCUUCUACUGGAAAAACAGAAACAAAUAUGAGGAAGACGAAAUCCCCAAUGAGAUCAGGGAAGAUGACCUGCCCCCGAAGAGGUCUCCUUCUGUCAAAGCAUUCCAUGCCGAUGCCUCCUCUUCAGAAAACGACACCUUGACGUCCACAAACACAUACAACAGUCGCUACUGGCACAAUCCCAAACCCAGCUACGACACCAACUCCUACACACGCUAUAAUGGAGACACACAUAAGACCUUCUCCGGCCACAUGGGUGCCUCACCUGCCCGGCCCGCCUACGCCAAUGGCAGCCAUACACUUCCGCCACCCAAGACUCUCGUGGUCACCGCCCCCUCUCCACAGACCGUCGCCCGGGGGAACGGCUCAGUAACCUUGAAGCCACAGCCACAACACAAGCAGCACACGCAUUCCUAUGCUGUCAGCCAGGCCACGCUAGAGAGAAUGGGUGCUGUGCCUGUCAUGGUACCACCGCAGAGCAGAGCAGGAUCUUUAGUAUAAACUUUAAAAAAAAAUUGCAAAUGGAUUUUAUCAUAGAGUUCAUCUAAUGCCAACUUUCCAAAUGUACUACUGUGACUACAGCAUGUGGCUCUUCCUUUUUUUUUUAAAUACUGUAAAAAUGUAUGUAAGACAAAGGGGGAUGGAGAAAAGGUGCAUUAAUUACACUGUUACUGCACAUGCAGUUACUGUAUGCAAUUAUAGGCAAUGGUUUUGCUUGUUCUAUUACAUUACAUAGAGUUUUGUAGUUAGGAUUUAGUGACAGUGUGAAUAAUGGCACUUAAAACAGUGUUACACUAUUUUGAAGCAGUCUUUUAAACAAGCUACAAAGGUUUUAAGCUACCAACAAAAAUACUUACAAGAUGAGCAAAAAAGUUACGGACUAACACCAGAAUGUGGUACUCUGUUCGUAGUGUAAAUAAAAGCAUACUUUGCAUGUUGUUGUGUCAAAAAAGCAGUUGCUACAAACAUGAAUAAGGGUUGGAGUAAUGGUUGUAAUGGUUACUAUUGGUUAGUGGUGCUGAAAAGUGCCAUACAUUUCAAUGAAUCCCUCCGUAUUUCAGUGAGUAGUAUAACAUUGGAAAUCGCUGCUACACUUCAGGAUUUUCAAGAGUUAUAUACAUAUAAGCAGAAGGGGUUCCUGCAUAUGUCACCACAGGAUGAAUGUUUUCUUAUUUUACUAAUUUAUGUUUGUAAAUUUAACAUUUAAAUAUAUUGUAGAGCUUUAGUAAUGGAAAAAAAAAAAAAAAAACAACAACUAAAGUUUAUCAGUAUUAAAAAAAAGUUAAAAAGUUAACUUUUCAAAUCAAUGCAAAAACAUCAAUCCUUAUUACAAAUAUAUUAAGGUCUCAUAACACUAUGAGACUAAUCUCUAGUUUUGAUUACAAUUUCUGUGUCCAGUGGGGAUAGUCCUCAUGUCUUAAUUUUAAAAAGAUUGUUUUAUUUUUAAGUGAGAAGCAUUUUGAACAUGUUUUCUCUGAAGACAUGGUGUUCUUCUAUUUUUGUAACUAGGUAACUUGAAAGUUAACCAAAAGUUGGUGGUGCCAGUUAUUGUGCUGUCGCAGAACUGAAAGGGUCUCAGAAUUUAUUUCUUCCUUUAAAAAUGGAGACAGCUCCAUUAUUUUUCUAUAUCCUCUGUUUGAACUAUUUUUUUUUUUUUUUACUUUUGAAUGUCUUAAGAGGAAAAUACAGAACUAUGGCAGUAACGUGUUCUGAGAUUUAAUAAUACAACAACUAUAUAUAUUUUGUUUCAUAAAAUGCACAAGAUAUAGGGUAUAAUUUGGUAAUGUUUUGGUUUUUUUUUUUUCAAAGUAUUCAUUACAAAACUCUUGCCAAAAAUUGCUGUUUUCAGUUUCAUUUUUUAACCUAAUUCUGCUGGCCUGGGUUAAAUUUGGACAGGCUCUUGUUGUCACUGACAACCACAGGCCAAGCAGAGCAAACAUUUCCAUUUUAUACAUUGAUACAGUCAACGUUGAAAUUCACCAAAACAGUAGUUUAUUAUACAAGUUCUUUAUAUUGUCUGUAAUAAAGAAAGAACAGGUCUGCUGUGUUGCUUAUUAUGCUCAGUAUAUUCAACUGGAGGACAUGUGAUUGGUAGAAUGCUCAUUUUGAUGCUUAUCAGUUGAGAGCUUGUCUCUGCUAAUUUUAAGAUUUGUUUUAACUAAAAAGUACAACUUUAUCAUGAUACUGCAGUUGAUUAAUUGUACUGCUAAAAAAAACAAACAAACAAAAACAAACAAAACAAAAUGGUUAAACCUCUUA